UGGUGGGCGAUGACUGAUGUUUGCCCGUAGGCAACAGCUGAAACACGCAUUAGUAAUGAAUAUACUGCCCCCUCGUGGUCAUGAACUCGGCGAGAUUGACGACACCGCGUUACGUCAAUUUAUCAUCGCAUCACGCAUCACGCAUGAUCCUUCAAACUCGUUUUCCUACCCCUGCUGUUGCUUCAUCUGGGGAAUCCGUGGACAUUUGCGAUGCAUUGGAAAUUGUACUGCUUCUGAUCCUGUUUCUUUCUCUCCCUUUUUGCUCGGCACAUUUUCCUAUUUUGUUUCGACACCAUCCACAAUCCCUCAUGUUCCCUUGCUCAUGCUCUUUUUAUUUUCUGCAUGCUUUCCUUCAUCCCACGACCGUUGCAUCUCCCAUCCACUACAUAUUCUAUUUUAAAAAAUUUGCAUGUUAAUUUCUUGUCCAUUUUUCUUAUUCCUUCAUUCUUUUCCUGCUUGUUCGUGCAUUAUUUCCUUUUCCUUGUUGAUGCGACUUUAACUUUAAUAUCGCCACGUGCUUAAUCUAGUGCUCUGUCUCUAUCCUUCCUCUGCUGCGUAUGAUUUGUUUUCGCUUGGAGGAUG